AUGGGGAAGGCGGAGAACUACGAAUUGUACUCAGUGGAACUGGGGUCUGGCCCCGGUGGGGACAUGGCUGCCAAGAUGAGCAAGAAGAAGGCAGGCGGUGGGGGAGGCAAGAAGAAGGAGAAGCUGGAGAACAUGAAGAAGGAGAUGGAGAUUAACGACCACCAGCUGUCUGUGUCUGAGCUGGAGCAGAAGUACCGGACCAGCGCCACCAAGGGCCUGACUGCCAGCCUGGCAGCUGAGCUGCUGCUGAGGGACGGGCCCAACGCGCUCCGGCCGCCUCGAGGCACACCCGAGUACGUGAAGUUUGCCCGGCAGCUGGCAGGGGGUCUGCAGUGCCUCAUGUGGGUGGCCGCUGCCAUCUGCCUCAUCGCCUUCACCAUCCAGGCCAGCGAGGGGGACCUGACCACCGAUGAUAACCUCUAUCUGGCCCUGGCGCUCAUUGCUGUGGUCGUGGUCACUGGCUGUUUUGGCUACUACCAGGAGUUCAAGAGCACGAAUAUCAUUGCCAGCUUCAAGAAUCUCGUGCCCCAGCAAGCCACCGUGAUCCGAGACGGGGACAAGUUCCAGAUCAACGCAGACCAGCUUGUGGUGGGCGACCUGGUGGAGAUGAAGGGCGGGGACCGCGUGCCGGCGGACAUCCGCAUUCUGUCGGCCCAGGGCUGCAAGGUGGACAACUCCUCGCUCACCGGAGAGUCCGAACCGCAGACCCGCUCCCCCGAGUGUACUCACGAGAGCCCCCUGGAGACCCGAAACAUCGCCUUCUUCUCCACCAUGUGCCUGGAGGGCACGGCCCAGGGCCUGGUGGUGAGCACCGGGGACCGCACCAUCAUUGGGCGCAUUGCCUCGCUGGCCUCGGGCGUGGAGAACGAGAAGACGCCCAUCGCCAUCGAGAUCGAACACUUCGUGGACAUCAUCGCCGGCCUGGCCAUCCUCUUCGGUGCCACGUUCUUUGUGGUGGCCAUGUGUAUUGGCUACACCUUCCUCCGGGCCAUGGUCUUCUUUAUGGCCAUUGUGGUGGCCUAUGUGCCCGAGGGGCUGCUGGCUACUGUCACCGUCUGCCUGUCACUGACGGCCAAGAGGCUGGCCAGUAAAAACUGCGUGGUCAAGAACCUAGAAGCAGUGGAGACGCUGGGCUCCACGUCGGUUAUCUGCUCGGACAAGACAGGAACGCUCACUCAGAACCGCAUGACGGUGUCCCAUCUGUGGUUUGACAACCAUAUCCACACCGCAGACACCACGGAAGACCAGUCAGGGCAGACGUUCGACCAGUCCUCGGAGACGUGGCGGGCGCUGUGCCGCGUGCUCACCCUGUGCAACCGCGCCGCCUUCAAGUCUGGCCAGGACGCCGUGCCGGUGCCCAAGCGCAUCGUGAUCGGAGACGCGUCCGAGACUGCGCUGCUCAAGUUCUCGGAGCUGACGCUGGGCAACGCCAUGGGUUACCGGGACGGCUUCCCCAAAGUCUGCGAGAUCCCCUUCAACUCCACCAACAAGUUCCAGCUGUCCAUCCACACGCUGGAGGAUCCGCGCGACACCCGGCACUUGCUGGUGAUGAAGGGCGCCCCCGAGCGCGUGCUGGAGCGCUGCAGCUCCAUCCUCAUCAAGGGCCAGGAGCUGCCCCUGGACGAGCAGUGGCGUGAGGCCUUCCAGACCGCCUACCUCAGCCUGGGAGGCCUGGGUGAACGCGUUCUUGGUUUCUGCCAGCUCUAUCUGAAUGAAAAGGACUACCCACCGGGCUAUACCUUCGACGUGGAGGCCAUGAACUUCCCAAGUAGCGGCCUCUGCUUUGCGGGACUUGUCUCUAUGAUUGACCCUCCGCGGGCCACCGUUCCUGAUGCUGUGCUCAAGUGCCGCACGGCAGGCAUCCGGGUGAUCAUGGUGACCGGCGACCAUCCCAUCACAGCCAAGGCCAUCGCAGCCAGUGUGGGCAUCAUCUCCGAAGGCAGCGAGACGGUGGAAGACAUUGCUGCCCGCCUCCGCGUGCCCGUAGACCAGGUGAACCGGAAGGACGCCCGGGCCUGCGUCAUCAACGGCAUGCAGCUGAAGGACAUGGACCCAUCUGAGCUAGUGGAGGCUCUGCGCACCCACCCCGAGAUGGUGUUCGCGCGGACCAGCCCGCAGCAGAAGCUGGUGAUUGUGGAGAGCUGUCAGCGGCUGGGUGCCAUUGUGGCCGUGACAGGGGAUGGUGUGAACGACUCCCCAGCCCUGAAGAAAGCGGACAUCGGCGUGGCCAUGGGCAUUGCUGGCUCGGAUGCUGCCAAAAAUGCUGCUGACAUGAUUCUGCUGGACGACAACUUUGCUUCCAUUGUGACGGGCGUGGAGCAGGGCCGACUGAUCUUCGACAACCUGAAGAAAUCCAUCGCCUAUACACUGACCAAGAACAUUCCAGAGCUGACACCCUACCUCAUCUACAUCACUGUCAGUGUGCCCCUGCCCCUGGGGUGUAUCACCAUUCUCUUUAUAGAACUCUGCACAGAUAUUUUUCCAUCAGUGUCCCUGGCAUAUGAGAAGGCCGAGAGUGACAUCAUGCACCUCCGUCCGCGGAACCCCAGGCGUGACCGCUUGGUCAACGAACCCCUGGCUGCUUAUUCCUAUUUCCAGAUUGGUGCCAUCCAGUCAUUUGCGGGUUUUGCCGACUACUUCACGGCCAUGGCACAGGAGGGCUGGUUCCCUCUGUUGUGUGUGGGGCUGCGGCCACAGUGGGAGGACCAUCACCUACAAGAUCUUCAAGACAGCUACGGCCAGGAAUGGACAUUCGGUCAGCGCCUGUACCAGCAGUAUACCUGUUACACUGUGUUCUUCAUCAGCAUCGAGAUGUGCCAGAUCGCUGACGUCCUCAUCCGCAAGACACGCCGCCUCUCGGCCUUCCAGCAGGGCUUCUUCAGGAACAGGAUCCUGGUGAUCGCCAUUGUGUUCCAGGUCUGCAUUGGUAGCUUCCUGUGCUACUGCCCAGGGAUGCCUAACAUCUUCAACUUCAUGCCUAUCCGGUUCCAGUGGUGGCUGGUGCCCAUGCCCUUCGGCCUCCUCAUCUUUGUCUAUGACGAGAUCCGGAAACUUGGAGUUCGCUGUUGCCCAGGGAGCUGGUGGGACCAGGAACUCUACUAUUAG